CAAUAGUUACCAGUAGAGGUGUCAGGAGCCACGUGUGAUAGACCUGUGUUGUUUGCUUCAGUGAGUCCUGAAGAGAUUUGAGAUCAUGAACAAUUUCAGGGAGAGAUUUGCUUCAGGAAAAUUUGUAAUAUCGAGGAGAUAUUUGGGGCCAAGAAAAUCCCCUCAGUUGCACAAAAUCAAAAAUGGCAUAUAGUUGGCAAACAGACCCAAAUCACAUUGAACCACGGGAAGGCGGAUAUGGUCACCAACAAUUUCAGCAUACAAACCAGUGCCUUUCUUCCAGCCAAGUCAGAUUGGGUUUUGAUGAGCUAGUGGAAGAGAUCAAUAAUAAAACGCUACCGUGUGAGAGUGACAAAGAAGAAGAUCCCCUUUUUGUGUCAGGUGCACCAAACUUGGGUUCGAAAUGGCAAUCCAUAUAUGGAGCACAACAAAGACACUUGAAUGAAUCCACUUCUCAGAGCCCUGACAUCUCUCAGCCUUGGUUUGGGGAAACAUCAACCAUUGGUUUCAAUCCUGCUGUAAUACCAACACAUCAGAUCAUUAAUGAGGGAGACUCCUGGAGAAAUCCCACAGAAAAAUAUCACGAGGUUCCCAGGUUCAAUGUGCUAGCUCCAUCAUCCACCAGCCUGGAGAAAUGUAAUCUACAAAGACAAUCAGGAAAUGGACAUCGAAAUGGCCCUAUAGGAUUUGAGGGCAGCCUGCUCCCUUAUUAUUCAUCGCACUCAAUGGACCCCACACCCAAUAAAGAAAGUAAAGGAAGUGAAGUUGUGAACCCUGUAGAACCUCCUCUGAUGUUCUCUAAAGAUUCCCUUCCACCCAGGGCACAGGACAGUGCAUCAUUGGAUAACACGGAGAAAGUUGGUUGUCCCAUUCAAAUAGCUGAAGUACCCCAAGGGAGUAACAAGAGCCUGGCCUCCUUUUGUAACAAAGUAACAAAAAUAAGAGAGUCAUAUCGUGCAAGUGACAUUAAUGCCAAUUCUGGAAAGAUCUGGGCCAUCAUUACAGCGUAUCCCUCCAAGCUGUUCACUGACACCAAGUUCAGAGUAAAUAUUUCCACUAAUAACUCAGCACAGACCCUUCAUCUUCUGCCACAAGCUAAUUAUCUUGUCAAAGACCUAAUUGCUGAGACUCUGCUUUUAUGUGCAAAUGAGCAGCUUUCCCCAAAAGAGUAUCUUCUAAGUGUAUGUGGUUCUGAAGAGUUUUUACAGAUGGAUCACUGUUUAGGGAGCCACAAAAUAUUUCAGAAAAAUAAAUCUGUUUUCCAACUUCAUCUUCAGAAAAGCAGUGGUGCUCCAGCAAAGUUGUCUCGGAAGAGUGAAGAUGACCACAGUCUGUUUUGUCUGAACCAGCUUCUAGAAUUUACACAUAUUUGGAAAAUAUCCAGACAAUGCCUCUCCACAGUAAUAAAGAAAUAUGACUUCCAUGUCAAACUCCUGUUGAAAAACCAGUCACAUGUGGAUAAUAUUAUUGAAGAAGUUAAAAAUAUAUGCAGUGUUCUGGGAUGUGUUGAAACCAAACAAGUUUCAGAUGCAGUAAAAGAACUAGAACUACUUCAGAAGAGCCAACCACAGAAUUUUCAUCAGAAAUCAGAGACUUCAAGAAAAGGCUUCACAGAGAAAGUGACAGCUGAACUAUCAAGAUCCAUCUAUCAGCUAAUCGAAGUGUACUGCAGCAGCUUCUGCACUGAUUUCCAGCCUGUGCACACACCUGGAGGAGCCCACUCCUGCAUUCACGCUGGGCUCCAUCCCCACCUGAGCUUCACAGUGUGUGCCCUGCACAAUGUUCCAGAGACUUGGGCACACAGCUACAAAGCAUUUUCAUUUUCCUGCUGGCUUACAUAUGCUGGGAAGAAGCUGUGCCAAGUGAAAAGCUGCAGAUCCAUGCCAGUCACAAAAUCGUUCUUUCUUUUGGUCAACUGGAAUGAAAUAAUCAAUUUUCCUCUUGAGAUAAAGUCACUUCCAAGAGAAUCCAUGCUCAUUAUAAAAGUGUUUGGGAUUGAUUCUGCCACCCACAGUGCAAAUCUGCUGGCCUGGACCUGCCUUCCACUGUUCCCAAAAGAAAAGUCUAUGUUGGGGUCUAGGCUAUUCAGCAUGACAUUCCAGAGUGAGCUUCCCAUAGAAAUGAUAGCUCCUGGAGUAUGGGAUGGGAGCCAGCCUUCCCCACUGACCCUACAGAUAGAUUUUCCAGCUGCCGGGUGGGAGUACAUUAAACCCGAUUCUGAGGAGAACAGAACUGACAUUGAAGAACCACCCAGAGAGUGUCUAAAACACAUCGCCAGACUUUCUCAGAAGCAGACUCCCUUGCUACUUUCUGGGGAGAAGAGAAGAUAUCUGUGGUUUUAUCGUUUCUACUGUGAUAAUGAAAACUCCUCCCUUCCUCUGGUUUUGGGUAGCGCCCCAGGAUGGGAUGAAGGGACAGUUUCUGAAAUGCAUGCCAUCUUAAGAAGAUGGACAUUUUCUCACCCGUUGGAAGCGCUUGGUCUUUUGACUUCCAGCUUUCCAGACCAAGACAUUCGAGAAGUGGCUGUUCGACAAUUAGACAACCUCUUGACUGAUGAACUGCUGGAGUGUCUCCCACAGCUCGUUCAGGCUGUCAAGUUUGAGUGGACCCUUGAAAGUCCCUUGGUGGAACUCCUGCUCCGUCGCUCCUUGCAAAGCAUCAGGGUGGCCCACCGUCUGUACUGGCUGCUGAGGGAGGCACAAGCUGAAGACUGCUUUAAAAGCUGGUAUCAGAAACUGUCGGCUGCUCUCCAGUUCUGCGUCGGGGAAGCCUUGAACGAUGAGCUUUCCAAGGAGCAGAAACUUGUCAAACUUUUGGGGGAUAUUGGCGAGAAAGUGAAGUCUGCCAGUGACCCCCAGAGACAGGAUAUACUAAAGAAAGAGAUUGGCAAUCUGGAAGAAUUCUUUAAAGAUAUAAAGACUUGUCAUCUUCCUCUGAACCCAGCCCUGAGCAUAAAAGGAAUAGAUCGUGAUGCAUGCUCAUAUUUCACAUCUAACGCUUUGCCACUGAAGAUCACUUUCAUCAAUGCUGAUCCGAUGGGUGAAAACAUCGGUGUUAUUUUUAAGGCUGGGGAUGAUCUCCGGCAGGAUAUGCUUGUUCUGCAAAUUAUUCAAGUGAUGGACAACAUCUGGCUGCAGGAGGGCCUGGAUAUGCAAAUGAUCAUUUAUAGAUGUCUGUCCACAGGAAAAGCCCAAGGAUUAAUAGAGAUGGUGCCAGAUGCUGUAACACUUGCCAAGAUCCAUCUCCACUCUGGGCUGAUAGGACCACUGAAAGAAAACACCAUCAAGAAGUGGUUCAGUCAGCACAACCACUUAAAGGAAGAUUAUGAAAAGGCCUUGAGGAACUUUUUUUACUCUUGUGCUGGCUGGUGUGUGGUAACAUUCAUCCUGGGAGUCUGUGACCGACAUAAUGACAAUAUCAUGCUGACAAAGUCAGGCCACAUGUUUCAUAUUGACUUUGGAAAAUUCUUGGGUCAUGCACAAACAUUUGGCGGUAUAAAAAGGGACAGAGCCCCUUUCAUUUUUACUUCAGAGAUGGAGUACUUUAUUACCGAGGGUGGAAAAAAUACUCAGCAUUUUCAAGACUUUGUGGAGCUUUGCUGCAGAGCUUAUAAUAUUGUCAGGAAACGCAGCCAGCUGAUUCUGAGCCUCCUAGAAAUGAUGUUGCAUGCUGGACUGCCUGAGCUAAGUGGAACCGAAGACCUAAAAUACGUCUAUAACAAUCUCCGCCCACAAGACACAGAGCUGGAAGCCACAAGUCAUUUUACCAAGAAAAUAAAGGAAAGUCUGGAGUGUUUCCCAGUUAAGCUGAAUAACCUGAUCCACACACUGGCACAGAUGCCAGCCCUAAGCCUUGCCAAACCUGCCCCUCAGACUCUUCCCCGGGAAUCCCGCAUUCUGCAGAAAAACAGGACAAUUCAGAGAGUCACAAUAUUAGGGCUCAGCAAGACGCACAACAACCUGUACCUGAUCGAGGUGACACUCAGGGACAACAGGAAAAGCCUAACCAGAAAGUCAUUUGAGCAGUUUUCCAGACUUCACAGCCAGAUUCAGAAGCAAUUCUCAUCGCUGGCCCUCCCCGAGUUUCCUCACUGGUGGCACUUACCAUUCACAGAUGCAGAUCACAAGAGAAUCACAGAUCUAAGUCAUUACAUGGAAGAGAUACUGAAUGGAUCUUACGAAGUUGCAAAUAGUGAUUGUGUGCUUAAUUUUUUUCUCUCUGAACAUACACAACCAACACUUGAAGACUCUCCACCUGUUUACCUAAGUGGAAAAGUUCCAGACCAUAACCCUAAGGUACAGUUAGUGAUGACAUAUGAGGAUUCGAAGCUCACCAUCCUAGUGAAACACAUGAAAAACAUCCAUCUCCCGGAUGGCUCUGCGCCCAGUGCACAUGUUGAAAUUUAUCUUUUACCACAUCCCAGUGAAGUUCGUAGGAGGAAAACGAAGUCCGUUCCAAAAUGCACUGAUCCCACUUACAAUGAAAUUGUGGUAUAUGAUGAAGUCUUGGAUCUCCAAGGCCAUGUCUUAAUGCUUAUUGUGAAGAGCAAAACUGUGUUUGUGGGAGCAAUUAACAUCCAACUCUGCAGUGUUCCCUUUGGUGAGGAAAAGUGGUACCCAUUAGGAAACAGCAUCGUCUGACCAACACCAUGAGCAUAUGCAUUGCUGAUUAAGUACUUGCAUGUUUUUAACUUCUAAUCCUCUCUAUCACAUAAGCAAGACACUUUUCUUAUGAGAAAUAGCAUAGUAUGAAGGACAUAGGAGAACCAGAUAAAAAUCAGUCUUUCCUAGUUAUUUAUUCUCUUAGUCUUUUCUUGCUUUCCUAUCCUAU